UCAAAACAUAACCUCACAGUAUAAGUUUGUUUACUGUUUGUUUUCAAAUAAUUCAAAUUGAUUUUAUUUUUGUUAUUGUUUGUUGUGAAUUGUAGAAUAGAACAAAAAACAAUUUAUCAUGGAUGUAAAUGUUGAAAAAUUCCCAAUUAUGUGCCGUACAUGUUUAUCAGUAUCAGCAGAAACAGAGUCUUUUAUUCCAAUUAUUGAUACCAAGGAUGGAAUAUUGUUGGUUGAUGUGAUUAGCAAUUUUAUACCUUUAGAGGACUUGAUGGAUUGUAGAUUACCUCAAAAACUAUGCCCAAUAUGUGCUGAGCAUGUAAUCCGGUUCUUUAAUUUUCAAUCUAAAUGCACCAGAAAUGAAUCAUUGUUGAAACAAUGUUUGGAACAACUAGAAACCAAAAUAAUUAUUAAAGACAAUAGUAGUGAAAAUGGACUUCAAAAAGAAAUAUGUUCCUCUCCGGAUCAUGACAGCAAUAUUAUUAAUGAUUAUGGGCCUGUAACAAACAGAGAGGAGAACAUCGUUAUUAGGAUACAGGAAGAUAGGCAAUUACCCCUUAACACUAAAGUGCCAGAGGACACUACUGCAAAACAAAUUGUUUGUGAAAUUUGCAAUAAGACAUUUUUAUUUAGAUAUAAAUUAGAAGCACAUUAUAGGGUGCACACAGGAGAAAAACCUUAUAAAUGUGAUGUGUGCGAGGUUACAUUUAGUUUUAAGGGAAAUUUAACUAGGCAUCAAAAGCUUCAUACUGGAGAAAAACCUCAUGUUUGCCACGUAUGUGGAGAAGGAUUUAUUCAAGCAGUUUCAUUAAAAGCCCACCUAAAAAAACACGAUAACUAUUCAAAACGAGUGGACUUUGCAGCAGAAGACACCAAACAGCAACCAAAAUUAGAAUGUCAAAAUUGUGGUCGGGAUUUUAUUAGAGUAAAAGCUUACAAUUUGCAUAUGAAAAAGCAUCAUCGAAACCAAGAAGAAAAUGGCACUUCAGAAUCAAAAAUGGAUACCACUGUCAAUACUGGAUGUAAAAUUUGUGGCAGGAAAGGAUUCGCCAAUGUCAAUACUCUUAAGCGGCACAUCGCUCGACAUGGAAAGAAACAAUUUUUAUGCUGCGACUGUGGAAAGGGCUUUGCUUGUAACGCUGGUCUUCGGUCGCAUAUUAAGAUUCAUACAGGAGAAAAACCCCACAAAUGCCUAAUAUGCAAAAAAUCUUUUGCACACAAGGGUUCUUUGAUAUCUCACCAAUUAGUGCACACAGGUUUCAAACCAUUCAAGUGUGAUACGUGCAAAAAACGAUUUUCUCAAUCAACACAUCUGAGAACUCAUCAAAGAAUCCACAAUGGAGAAAGACCUUAUUCUUGCUCCUAUUGUCAAAAAUCUUUCUCAGUAAAACAAAACUUAACUGUUCAUAUUCGCACCCACACUGGAGAAACACCGUAUAUGUGCCCAAUAUGUGACAAGGGUUUUUUUGAUUCGAGCAGUAUGAAAAAGCAUAAGACCAGCCAUAUCACCUAUACAGAAAAAACCAUUAACGGAGAUAAUUCCUAAGCUAUAUUGUAAUGUUUAAUUUUUGUUGCUGGAAUCUGAUAAACGUAGAACACUACCCAUACCUUGGGAGCCACCUGGCAACAAAUGCAACAAUUUUCGCUGAAAUCCAAUAUCGCUUGAAGUGUGCUAGCGCGGCGUUCGGGCGACUUCUAGAGAGAGACUUCAACAAUCACGACAUCAGCGCCGAGACCAAACUUCGCGGCUACUACAAUGCAGUUGUAAUACCAACACUUACUAAUGGCUACGAAACAUAGACCAUCUAUAGAAGACACAUGAAAAGCCUAGAA